ACAUCGCGUCAGAAAAGCCUACGCUACAAGUCGGCACAACAAGAAUUUCACGUACAUGCUAUUAUUAGCCUCACAAUAUCUUAAUCUGCCACUUGGCACCAGCACGUGACACCAUAGCGUACGUCAUAGUACACCGCAAAUCAGCGUAUCCAAAACGCUUUGGCCAGUUAGGGCGGUUACGACAUUCGUUGGCGCCUUGGUGUCUUCCACGUGGCGGUUCCGUUCCUCCCGCGAUUUUUUUUCUUUCAAUUCAAUCAAUUAUUAUUAAAUAAACCUUACAUCAAUUAAUUUUAUAAUAUGCUUUAGAUUGAAUUAUUGUGAUGAUUAAUGAUGAGUAAUUAUUUAUUUUAUUCUAUAAAGUGGCUUUUUCUGUGGUUAAAUGAUUCAUUUUUGUGAAUACUGAUUUUUAAUUUUCUGGAUUCCCUAUUUGAUUUUUACUCAUUCACAUUUCACGUCACACAUUUUCGGUGGUGUGAAAGAGAAAUAUAAAUAGUGGUUAGGAAAAAUCGAAAAUAAUCACAAAACUUAGGGUUUUUGAUUUUCGUUUGUUGCAUUUUUGAAUCAAUUAUUUGCACAAACGCACGUUCUUGUGAAGUAGAAGCAACGCGCGAGCCUUUGAAUUUUAACUUUUAAGCCUCACUUUCUUCGUUUGCUUUUUCAUUCAGCAUUUUCUUAUUCGCUUCUUCAACUAACUCUUUUUUCUCUCACUUUCAUCCACACGAAUUGUUCUGGUGAUCGACACGAUUUCGAUUUCAAAUGUCUUUCUUCAUGGGUAAUGAAUGAUAUUUCACAGUACCAGGAGCAGGGAUGGACAUUGUUGCUCUUUUAACUUCUGCUGGAAUUAACAUUGCUGUAUGUCUGGUGCUCUUUUCACUUUAUUCUAUAUUAAGAAAACAGCCCAGCAAUGUUAAUGUGUACUUUGGACGGAGACUAGCAUCUCAGCAUUCAAGACACAUUGAUUUCUGGCUGGAAAGAUUUGUUCCCACUCCCGGCUGGAUGUUAAAAGCAUGGGAACCAUCUGAGAGUGAGAUAUUGACUAUUGGUGGCUUGGAUGCUGUAGUUUUUGUAAGGAUAGUUUUGUUCAGUAUUCGAGUUUUUUUCAUUGCUGCUGUCAUCUGCACUGUUCUAGUGCUUCCUGUGAAUUACUAUGGUACAUACCAAGUGGAUAAGAAAACUCAAAGAAGGUCACUGGAAGUAUUUACCAUUGAGAAUGUCAAACAAGGUUCAACAUGGCUUUGGGCUCACUGUCUUGCAUUAUACAUCAUAACACUUGCAGCCUGCACUCUUCUUUACUUUGAAUUCAAGAAAAUUACUAAGUUGAGGCUACAGCAUAUUAGUGAAUCUCCUCCAAGUCCAAGUCAUUUUACUAUUCUUGUCCGAUCAAUUCCCUGGUCUGCAGACGAAUCGUACUGUGACACAGUGAACAAAUUCUUCUCAUAUUACCACGCAUCAACAUAUUUGUCUCACCAGAUGAUUUAUGACUAUGGCAAAGUUCAGAAACUGAAGGACGAUGCUGAACAAAUGUGCAAGGUACUUAGAGAUGCUUCAUUGGAAAAGUCUUGUAAGCCAAGUUUUGUGCCAUGUUGCUGUUUGGGAUCUACAGAUUCUUUUAAGUUGGGUUCCAAAGAUAUGGGUAGUAUUCAUGGGAAAACAUGCUACACUGACAUAGAUGCAAGGAAAAAGCACGAAUUCCCAGCUGCUUUUGUGUUCUUUAAAAGUCGGUAUGGUGCUCAUAUGGCUGCACAGACCAUACAAACAUCAAAUCCUAUGGUAUGGGUGACAGAAGCAGCUCCCGAGCCACAUGAUGUUCACUGGUCCCACAUUCGUGUACCAUAUAGGCAGAUUUGGAUCCGUAAGAUGGCUACUUUUGCGGCUUCGGUUGCCUUCAUGCUUGUGUUCCUUAUCCCUGUUACAUUUGUACAAGGAUUGACCCAACUAGAAAAGCUUCAGAAAAUGUUCCCUUUUUUGACAGGGGUACUUACAAAUUCAUAUGUGAAACAGGUGGUGAUUGGUUACCUACCAAGUGUGAUAUUGGUUUUAUUUUUGUUGGCAGUUCCACCUGUGAUGAUGCUAUUUUCAACAGUCGAGGGUUCUAUUUCCCGCAGUGGAAGGAAGAAAAGUGCUUGUUGGAAAGUUUUGUACUUCACAAUCUGGAAUGUGUUUUUUGUUAAUGUUUUUACUGGUUCUCUUAUCAAUCAAAUUCUAGUAUUUUCUAGCAUAAAAGACCUGCCUGCACAACUUGCGAAGGCAGUGCCCUCUCAGGCUACCUUCUUCACGACUUAUGUUUUGUCAUCUGGUUGGGCAAGUUUGGGAUUUGAACUUCUGCAAAUUUGUCCUCUUUUAUACAAUCUAUUCCAGAGAUUCCUACUCAGGGUUAAGGAUGAUACACUUAGUGGCAUAUCUUUUCCAUACCAUACAGAAGUCCCAAGGAUAUUACUGUUUGGAUUUCUUGGGUUCACCUGUUCUAUUCUGGCACCUCUAAUGCUUCCCUUCUUAGUGGUCUACUUUUUGCUUGCGUACGUUGUUUACCGAAACCAGAUUCUUAACGUGUACGUUACAAAAUACGAUAGUGGGGGACAGUACUGGCCUAUUGCACACAACACAACGGUCUUCUCUUUGCUAGUUGCUCAACUUAUCGCACUUGGGGUGUUUGGACUAAAACGCUCUACAGUUGCAUCUGGAUUUACCAUUCCCUUGAUCAUUGUUACCCUUCUUUUUCACCAGUAUUGUAGGCAACGAUUUAUCCCCGUAUUUAAAAGCAAUUCAGCACAGAUUCUUAUUGAUAUGGAUAAGAAAGAUGAACAAUGUGGAAAGUUGGAAGAGAUUUAUGAACAAUUACGUUCAGCCUACCACCAACCCAUGUUAGUGCCGCAUGCCCCGACCCCAUCCGACUGCCCCAGCCCACAAGAGGACAAGCGGUUUAUUGAGAGUUCAGAAGAUAUUGAGAAAGGCAAAGAAGUUGGUCAACAACUUAGACCGGGGCCUAUCCAUCGCACGGUGAGUUCGAGCUCAAAUAAAUCGGUACUUGGUGCAAAUCAAAUGAGCGAUCCGGCUUGUACAUUGAAUAAGAAUAUUCCUGAUGUGUCUGAUCCAGUGCAUCAACAUCUAAUUAAUGAUGGAUUAUGAUGGUCUCUUGAUUCAUUGUUCAUAAAAUUUAUUCAAAUGUAAAUUGUAAAUAGUUUUUCCCUAAAAUAAUCUCCAAUUAAAGAUAAAUAGACAAAUCAAAUAGACGUAAUUAAAAUUUUCCCGGAUAAAAUGUUUUGUAGUUGCAAACGAUAUUGUAAAUUGAAAGCUGAAGUGGUUAUCGAGGAGGUGAUAUACUUUCUUCA